AUGAAAACUAGCGGGAAGACAUCGCGGAGAGUCGGACUACGAGGAGAAGGAGAUCUGCAUAAGCUCCGAGCUGCCAUUUCGGAGCGAGGCCCGGACCUAGGCCACACCACGUGGCGUUGCUUCGCGGCGGCGGCCUCUUACUUGCCCCAGUUGAAGACCAAGCUGCUAGACACCAUGGUGCCGUAUGCGCUUGCUUUGAGCUCCGACGUCCCGCAAAACCUCGACUCGCGCCAGUUGGAUAAGAUCCAAGGCACCGUGGGCCUGUACAGCACCCUCGCCGUGAUCGGCUACAACUCGGCAAUCGACGCCGCGUUUACCGAAUCCAUGGCCAUCCUCGCCACCGAGGCCAAUAUCCUCCAAUAUCCCUACCCGCCGCACAACGCGCCCCUCGCGCACCUCUUUUCCACGCAAGUAGGCUUCUGCUUCGCCGCCGGCGCCCUGCUCCACGGCGUGCGCGCGAACCUCGACGAGCUGGCGUCCUGCGCCCUCAGCUGCCUCGACGACAACUCGGGCUUCGUGCCGACGGAGCACCGCACCUGGCAGGCCUAUCAAGCAGCGGCCCUAACCUCCAUCGGCGUCUUCGUGUGGAUCGUGGACCGCGAAGACGACGGGUCCCGCCUCGCGACGCCCUCGCCGCGCAACAUCCCCUUUCUCGACCGCGCUGUUGCUGCUGCCGCGCCGACUCCGCAGCGCCCCGCCGCUAUCUACCCCUCCCGCCUCCCGGGCGACGACGGGGACGGCCACAUCCGGCUAGAAGGUAGGGGCGCGAGCGACGCCGAGGGCCCCGUUGUGCUGGUGGGCGAUAUGGACAAGAGGACGGGCCAGUUCCGGCUCGUGCGGCAGCCGAGAGAGGCGUCGCCCGCCACGCUGCACUGGCUUCGCGGGUCCACCGACCUCGGCACCCUCACCCUCGGCUUCGACGCCUACCAGACCUUCAUCGGCCCAGGCGUCGACCCGGCCGCCGCGCGCCACGACUGCCUCAUCCGCGUCGAGCUCGACAACGCGGCGCCGUCUCGAGGUCGGGGUCGGGGCGGCCGCGGCCGUGGCCGUCGGGGCGAUGACGUCGUCGCCGAAGUCACCGUCCACGGCUUCGCCCAAUUCGAGGCCGGGCUCGGCGGCGUCUUCACGACCCAGUACCAAUUUCCGCGCGGCCGCGGCGCCGGCGCCGGCGGCAGGUCGAUCCGGGGCAUCUCGACCCGCAACGACGUCCCCGCCAACAGCGACCUCGCGGCCGGUCUAGUCUACACCAAGACGGACACCGUGCCCCUCGCGCAGGGCGCCGCCGGGCGUUGCGGCCGGAGACAGACUCUCCUGAUCCGCACGUCUGUCCGGGUCUUCGCCUCCGCCGCCGCCGCCGGCGGUGCCGGUAGCGGCACGCUGACCGUGGAUGAUUUGACCAUUUCUCUCAAGAGGCGAGGGUCGAGGGUGGGGUCGCAAGCACUAGCCGCUGUCGAGCAAGAGACGGAGGUCGCAGCUGAUGAGGUCGUUCUGGAGCUCGGCGCCACAGGCGCGCUAGAAUGA